AUGACUGAAUUGACUCAGUUCAUUAUCGAUACGUAUAAGACUCGACAACAAUUGAUACAGAAUGGGAUAUGGAGAGGUGAAUUAUAUAAACAUAUCAAGAUAAUCAAUAGUCAUGAUCGUUCAUGGAUUUGGAAGACACUUCUGUUACAUUCAGAGAAUCAAGAAGAUAUCAACGAUAACGAUCACAAUAAUAAUAAUAAUAAUAAUAAUAAUAAUAAUAAUAAUAGAUAUAUUACUAAUGAGUCGCAACUAUUUGAUUCAUUGAAUAACUUAGUUGCAGUUCCAUUGAUAUCUGCAAAACCAACAUCACAAAAUGAAAAAGAUGAUCAUGAUCAUGAUGAUAAUAACAAUAACAAUAUAUCAUUGCCGUUUACCCCAAUUAAAAGAAUGGUUCAAAUAGGAAGUAAAGGAAUAAGGAAAUUAACGCCGAAGGAAACACAUUCUCAUCCAUUAGCAACUAAUAAAAACGUUACUGAAAGUUCAAACAAUAAUGAUGAAGAUUAUGGAAUGGAUAUUUCAGAUACCUUGGAAAUUAUUGAUUUAGAUUUAUCAAGAUUGAUUGUAUCACCAAUUUUUGAAGAACCACAAAUUCAUGCAUUAAUGCGUCGAAUCAUGUUUAAUUAUUUAUUAUUAGACAAUAAGAAAACUCAAAAGGACAUUUCUAUAAUGGAUCAAACUUAUAGAUAUAGACAAGGGUUUCAUGAGAUUCUUGCAAUAAUAUUCUUACAAUUUUAUGAUUCACAAAUAGAGACCACAGAAAUAAGUAAUAAUAAUGAACAAAUUAAAUUUGUCUUAUUUAUUUUCACAAAGUUAAUGGUACCUUUACAAAGUAUAUUCUAUAUAGAGAAUCGACUCCUUGAAUGGCAAGACAAUAUUUUCAUAAAAGUAUUAAAGCUAAGUUCACCUCAAUUAUUUUCAAUAUUAUACCCUAAACCGUCAUCAUCCUGCAGUAAUAAGAAUAGCCAUAAUAAUUUGAUUUGGCUGAUUCGUUGGACAAGAUUACUAUUCCUAAGAGAAUUACCCUUACAGGAUUGUCUAAUAAUAUGGGAUCAUAUAUUGACAUUUUCUUACCCUCUGGAUUCCAUGGUGGCGUGUCUUAUCGUAUCAAUAUUAAUCACUGUUAGAAAGACAUUGGUGGAGAUUCAUGAAAAUGAUGAAAUGGAUAAUGAUGAUUUGAUUGAAUUUAUGUUACAAUUCGAUAAACGAGUCGGGGUGAAAAGACUGGAUAUUUUAAAGAUUUGUGAAUUGGCGGGUUUGUUAUGUGAAUCAUGGGAAAGUGGGCAUUGGAAAGAUUUAUCACGAGUAGUAAUACGAUAUAUUAAUCAGAAUGAAAUGGAUCCUAAUAGAAAACGUUUAGAAGAUAAAUUGAAGCAAAGAGUACAACGAUCAAUGAUUAAAUAA